GCGCGAUGUCAUCGCCGUAGCCGACGCCAUAAUCAAUGAGUUCAUGUCUUCGGUGGCCGAUUCCGCGUCCUACUUCGGCGCCAGUUGGAAGAACCACACUCGUUUUUGCAAACGUGUUCAGGAAGGCAUCGAGGAGAGACUUGCUUCAUUGCGAGAUCAGGAGUUGGAAAGCGAUGCGAAGGAGGAGGUUACCAAACUGCAGCAGGCCAAGAAAAUGAUUUCUUCAAUUCGAUGCAUUUGCGGACACGUCAACAGCAACGGCCUGAACAAUGCGAAAUUCGCAGAAGUGUACGACUCGCAGAUGUCCUUCUUGCGUCUCGAGCCAGAGUGCAAGGAUAUCAUGCCAUUGCAUCUCAAGCAGGCGCGGUUUCGCCUUCGCGUGACUAGCAUGUCUGACCCAGCGCAGUUCUGGCCAUUGGCAUCGGAAGCGACCUUGCGCUCGGAAGGGCGCGCCGAAAGGGACGUCGAGGAGACGCAGCGCGCGCUCAUCGAGGAGCGGAUAUUGAGCUUGACCUCGGAGGAUUGCGUUGAUUCCGUGACCGAGGGUCUUCGUGCUAUCUUCCCGGCGGACGCCAGGUACUUCAAGGAUAAGUUCGGCGACAUCAACGACGUUUUGAUUAGCCUGUGCACUGUGGCCAACGCCUUUUCCAUCCGUUGUUACGGCACGCCGCAGAAAAUAUCCAUCAGUUUACUGCGGGCACCAGGUCGCCAGGAACCCGCUGCUGCCCAGUCCGCUGUUGGUGAGCAUCGUGCUAGCAUAACAGUGCCGUUCGUGUGCGAGAAGGGAGUUGCCGACCUAGAGUACGCCAUCAAUGCCAUCUCCUUGCCAACGAGCUUUUGCCACUCAGUACGCUACCAUUCCAACGGCAGAGUUGCGGUCGAUCAGGCGUUUCCAGAGGGGGGCAAGGUUUGCCUCAAGGACGACAUCGUGCCUUUCGCAAAGAUGCUUUCCGAGUGCCUGGCGCAGGUUGGGACCUGCAGCCGCGCUGCUGAGAUCUUCGAUGCCACUGUUCUGCGCCGCGCCAAGGAGUUCUUCGCCCAGCUUCUGAUCGCAUCGGAACUUGCGUUCGUGCCGAUGUCGCGAAGGACCACGAAGAACAACCCGGCGCCGCCCGCGACCCCAGAUGAGGUGAUGUCUUUUGCGGCUCGGCCCAGCCUUGCCACUUUCUGGAGGGCUCUUGCGGAGUGCGAGCUUUGCCGUUCCUUUCUCAGCCGGGACCAUGACUUCGAUUUGUUCGAUGUUUGGGACAAGUGCGUCAGUUUCACAGUGAACAUCUUGCAGGCUUACGAUGCAGAGGCGGCCGAGAGCGUACCAGCAGAUGAAGCAGUUGCUUUGCAGGGGAAAAUCCAGUCGAUACGCGAUUUCGGCGAUGACAUUAAGAUGGCGUUGCGCGGCUUCAGCGAUGAGAUCGACAACUUCUUCGAGACGUCGAGCCUUUUCCAGGGCGCCAAGGUCGCGGGCAUCGUGAACCAUGCCAUCGCCCAGAAGGCAGCCAAGAAGUUCGCGCCGCUGACGACUGCCAUCGGAGAUGGCCUCGUCGGCAUCAGGGUGCAAUGCGACAUGCCCGACGCCGGCAUGGAUAAGAUCAUGGCUUUCGAAGUUCCCGAUGACGAGAUCAAUGACAUGAUUGACUUCUGCGACCAGGUGAAGGAUCCCGUGCUGAAGCCGGAGCUUGCUUACAUAUAUGGCUGGGUUGCGCUGCGCAAGAAGGGGGGGGCUCAAGCGGUCCGCAACUUCAUCGACGACGGCAAAACGGAGGGUUUGUUCAUCGGCGAGGGCAGGCCGGCGGCUGUCUUCGCAGGUCUCUUCCCAGAUAUGCCUGGCGCGGCAGAGGCGUACUUGCAGGACUGCGUCGAGGCGCUGACCAAAGCGGGGGAUUUGUUUACUUCUGUCCUGGUGUCCGAGACCCAGUGCAUGCGGUCUUGGUUCGGCGCGGUGCUGAUGGAGGGCGGGGAUCCCCCUGCGGACGGACAACCUCCGAAGGCUCCGCGGCAGAUCCACCGCGGCUCGCUGCUCGCCAACAACGCCUUGAUCUUGUCCAUGGUUCAGAACCCCGACUACCCGAAAAUUGGCGCCAAGCGCAGCCAGCUUCAGCAGGCGACGUCCAUCGUGAAGAGGCUCAACAGUUCCACGGGGAAGCUCGCGCUUGUCCAACCUGAGACAGUGGCCAACGCGACCAACGCCGUCACGCUUGGCGCCCAUGCGGAGACAGCUGCGGAGAAGGUACAAGCACUCAUCCUAGAGAAGGGCGUCGACCCAGGCAGCGACGUGACCGACGCGCUGAAGGGCUUCAUCGGCGAGGCCGCCUCGGAGAAGCCCAAGAAGCGCGCGGCGGGCGCAGCCAGCGGCUCCGCAGCAGCGGAGGG